AUGCGAAUAGACGGCGACUACAAAAUGAUGAUAAUAAUGGUGACGAAACUGAGCACUCUUUAUGGUCCAGCUAUUAUACUUCUUUUUUUUUUUCUUUUUUUUUUUUUUUGUACACGGCUUCAUUCACUUGUCGUCUGCCUCUCGUCUCACCUUUUGUUUCUCUUUCAUUUUCUCUUUGGUUCUCUCAUUUUCGUUUCUAACCACUCACUACUAUUUCUUGUCUUCUUUCUUUCUUCUCCUACCUUCUCACUUGUUCUCUUUAAUUUCAUCCACUUAGUUACGUUGCCCUUUUUCGCUUCAGUAGUUUUUUGCGACUUCCUUUUAUUUCCCUUUCACUUCUCCACGCCCUCUUUUCGUCUUUACACUUUUCUUUUCCUUGCCUCUCCCCUUCCCUCCCUCCCUCCCUCCCUCCAUCCAUCCCUCCCUCUCAAAGUCACCAGCUUUUAUUUAUCUUUCGUCUUUCUUUCCUCUUUCUACCUUCUGCGUUAUUAUUAUUUUUUGUUGCCGAUUGUUCACCCUUGUCUUUUUUCUUCUACUGCACUUCGACUUCUUUCAUUUCACCAAGUCAUUCUAUCUAAACCUUUUCAUUAUCUAUCUAUCUAUCUAUCUAUCUAUCUAUCUAUCUAUCUAUCUAUCUAUCUAUCUAUCUAUCUAAACCUUUUCAUUAUCUAUCUAUCUAUCUAUCUAUCUAUCUAUCUAUCUAUCUAA